AUGGCAGGAGAUGCUUUCGGAAUUAUAGAGCUUGAACUGAAUCUCAUGUAUGAAAUUCUCUACACCAAGGUGAGUGUGGUGCAUUGUAAAUCAGGCUACAUUUGCAGAUCUGUUUGCUUCAGUUCAGUUGUUGUAGCCCUUGCCCUCUUUCAUUCCGAGGAGAAGCAGGGAUUCGAUGGGUUUGAUGUUGGGAUUACCUAUUUCUUGCUUCUUGGUGCCAUCGUCCUCGAUAUAAUUGCCAUCGUCAUGCUCUUUUUCACCAUUAUUACCCUCAUGAGCAUACAGUCCAAUAGAACUUGGGUUAAAAAAAUGCUCAACUUAUUAUUAGCUGUCAAGAAUAGGAGGAUUGCGGAUGCAGCAAACCCUCCUCGUCCUUGCUAUAUGCAACUCUUGCACCAUGGGUGGUCCGAGUCUGUCUCGCAAUUCAACUUGAUAAAUUAUUGCAUACAUAAACGUUCAAGAUGGAUGCAAAAACUCAUUGAUAUUUUCCAUCUUACCAACGUUUUCGAUAGGCUCAACUAUGUGAAAAGCGUAUCAUUCACCGGAGAGUUAAGAAACUUCAUCUUCAACGAGCUACUAAUUAUAGCUAGGACAUGGAAACAUGGAGCAAAUGCCGAGGAGAUCUAUUCAGGCAGAGGGGAAGGGGUUCUUCGUGAGAGAGGUCACCACAAUCUACUUCCUUCUGUUGAAGAAGUCGAAUAUGAUAGAAGCCUUCUAUUGUGGCACAUUGCAACUGAACUCUGCUACAGUGACACUAAAAGCAAUGCUGCUGCUAGUACAGGGGACGACGACGACAUUGGCAAGUAUCGUAAUUUUUCGAAGCUCCUGUCAGAUUACAUGUUAUAUCUUCUAGUUAUAGAGCAACAAAUGAUGGCUGCAGUGGCAAGUGAUGGAGAGAAAUCAGAAGAGGACGAACAGAUGAGAGCCUGCAACACUAUCCUGUCUAUUGAUACCAAAUUUAAUUUCGAGGAAUAUAUUUACGUGAAAUCCGUGCUGUUUGAUGCCUGCCGGUUGUCCAAAGCGCUGAAAAAGUUGGGCGAGAAAGAUAAAUGGGAAACAAUAAGCAGUGUUUGGGUAGAAUUAGUGUGUUAUGCUGCAAGUCGCUGCGGAGCAUAUACUCAUGUCCAACAACUGAAUAAAGGUGGAGAGCUCAUUACUUUGGUUUGGUUAUUGAUGGUCCAUCUGGGCUUGUGCGGUCGAUUUCAAGAAUUGGGAUCAUUCCAGCCUUUCAAUUUCAACCCCGGAGAGGAACAAGUGGAAGCCACACCCUUCGACAUAAGUGGGGUCAAGUAA